CUCUGACCCGGGGCGGAGAGCAAUGGCGGCAGCGGUUUGGCGGGGAAUUGGCGCAAGGCUCCGGGAGACGGCCCGGGGAAGGCAGCCCUGUCGGGGUUACAAGAUGACACCGUCGGAUGAUGAGCUGUACCAGCGCACCCGAGUGAACGCUCUGGAACGAGAGUCGCUGAAUACUCUCUUCAUUGAUGGGUACAGCAAGCUGGGCUUCACCAUCAAUGGGAACCGAGUUGUUGGCCCAUGUGCAGUGAUCCCACAGGCAUUACUUCAGUGGAAUGUUGGAAGUUACAAAGACAUCACCGAGGAUAGCCUUGCUUUGUUUUAUAUGUUGGAACCCAAAAUAGAGAUUCUGGUUUUGGGGCUAGGUGAGAGAAUGCAAAGGCUGGAUCCUAAAUUGUUGUUGCUUAUGAAGAACAAGGGAAUUGCUGUGGAGGUCCAAGACACGCCAAAUGCCUGUGCAACCUUUAACUUCUUAACAAGUGAGAAAAGGCACACAGCAGCAGCACUUAUCCCCCCUCACUACCUCAGAGGAGAGCAAGAGUAAUUCAUGGCCGUGUUUGAGAAGCAGUUCCUUAGAUUGUACAGAAUAAUUAAACUCUUCAUGUCAGGAAAGAGCA